GCAGAUACUCAAUCCAUGCUUAGAAUACAUAACGCUUUAAUCCGUUCUAAACUUGAUUAUGCGGCUACUGUUUAUGGAUCAGCUAGAAAGUCUGUUUUAAGGUAUUUGGACACCAUCCAUCAUCAGGGACUCAGAAUUGCCACAGGAGCUUUUCGCACAUCACCUAUUAGUAGCUUAUAUGCAUUGUAUAACGAACCUUCUCUUAGUUCGAGGCGAAAUAAACUGUCUCUGAACUUUUACUUUCAUAUAAAAUGUCAUCCUUCACAUCCAUUGUACUCUCAUGUUUUAACACCAUCAUGUUCUACACAUUUUAGCAACCGACCUGCCUUAAUUCCUACUUUUGGAUUAAGGAUGAAAAAACUCUUGACUGAUUUAUAUUUAGAAGAUUUUAAUGUUUUAGAGAUUGCAGAACUUAUUCCUUCUUGGAAUAACAUCAAAGUUAAAAUUUUCGAUAUUUUUGAAGGUUUGACUAAGGACGAAACGUCUCCAGUUAUAUAUCAACAAAUAUUUUAUGCUUUCUUACAGCAUUUUAAUGACUUUCGUACAAUUUAUACUGAUGGCUCUAAAUUUGAUAAUCAUGCUGCCAGCGCGGUUGUGUGUGACUCAGAGGUAAUUUCAGAGAAGCUACAUUCCGCCUUUUCCGUUUUUUCUUCUGAAUGCAACGCUAUUUUGCUUGCUCUUCAGUUUAUUUCUAGGCAACUGUACAAAAAAUGGUUGAUUUUCUCUGAUUCUAAAAGUUGCAUCGAUGCACUUAAGAAUCUUGACAAUAAACCUCACUCUAUCAUACAUCAUAUAAUAAAUACAUAUUUAAGCCUCAGUAACAAUAGCUUUGAAAUAAUAUUUGUUUGGAUCCCGGGACAUGUAGGCAUUCCAGGUAAUGAAAAAGCUGAUUCAAUAGCCAAGUCAACACACAAUCUCUCUAAUAAAUCACUAAGUUUAUAUGAUGUUCAAAAUUUGAUUGCGGAUUCACUGACGCAGCAAAGACAAGUUGACUGGGAUGGUGAGCUAAAUAACAAACUGCACGAAAUAAAACCAUUACUUAAACCAUUUACACCAUGUUACCAAAACAGAAAAUCACAAGUCCUCAUUAACAGACUGCGAAUUGGUCAUACUCGUUUAACGCAUAAACAUUUAAUUUUAAAUGAAACUGCUCCAACAUGCAAUUUUUGCCUCGAACCUCUUACAAUGAAACUUUUCUUGACACAGUGUUUAAAAUUUAAAUUGAAAAGAAGCCAAUACUUUAACUGCUAUUUUCCAACCUUAUUGUAUCUACUUGGAGACCCACCUCAUCCUAACUUAAUGCUUUACCUUAAAGACAUCGGAUUUUAUAAUUUGAUUUAGUUCAAAUUUUAAUAAAUUAACCAGUUUUAUCGCAUUAUAUUGAUUUUAGCCAAAUUACUUCAGUUGUUUUGAUUGUAACCAAGAUACUUCAAAUUUAACCUCGUGUUUGGAUUUGAACUAAGUUACAUAGACUUUAACCU